AUGGACGAGAUUCAGCCAAUACAAGAGACGAAGGACACCCAUGAUUCCAGUAAAGAUCAACUAGACAAUGCGACUUCACUGGAAAAUGGAUCUGGCAGAUCGAACAAGUCAUCUUCACCUGUCCAUCUCGACAGUCCACCCCGAUUGAGCAAUACCAAGCUCUUCAUCUUAGGAACGGGCCAAGUUUUCAUAUGGGGUUUGACCUCUGCAAGUAUAUUAGAAACGGCUUUUGCCUUACCAGUGAUUGGAGUUGAGUUCGAUCUUACCCCUGGUGAAGUCCAGUGGGUAUCUGCAUCAAUGAUGUUGACCUGGGGCUGUUUCCAACUUAUUGCAGGAAGGUGUUGUGAUGUUUUUGGGAGGAAGAGGGGAUAUCUAAUAGGCUGUUUGGGGUUGAUGUUGACCAAUAUCAUUUCAACGUUCAUGCCCAACCUCUCAAGUCUCAAUGUCUUUCGAGCACUAGCUGGUAUAGCCAGUGCGAUAGUCUUACCUGCUUCGGCGGGUAUAAUAGGGUCCUUGUAUCCUGCUGGAAAAUCGAGGACAUUGGCUUUUGCUGCUAUCACUUGUGGUGGUGCUGCUGGAGCUGCGGGAGGAGAACUCGUUGCUGGUGUGUUGAUCGAAUGGACAAAAUGGACAUGGAGACCAUGUUUCCUUCUAAUUGGUGUUCUUACUAUCUACCCACUCGCGAUCGGAUUUAUGAUCAUCCCAAUGGAUCCACCUUUGACCACAGACAAGGCAGUAGACUGGCUGGGUGCUUCCACAAUUGGAAGCUCCAUUUUCCUUCUACUCUUGACUUUCACUUUAUCCGAGACGGAAGAAAGAGGUUGGAAGACACCUUACCUUCCUGCCCUUCUCGUCGCCUCUCUAUUGCUCUUCACAAGCUUCGCAUGGCGUCAAAGACAGCUUUCGAGAUGGGCCAGAACCCCAGAUGAUAAGAAUCCACCACCCCUGAUUCCCCUUUCACUUCUAUCCAUGAACAAUAGGAACCUGGUGGUUAUCUAUAUCGCUUCGGCGUGUACAUGGGCAAUGACAGAUAGCUUCUUCGUCUUUGCGUCGUACCUGUAUUUCGAUGUACUCGACCUAUCGCCCUUCCAAGCUGGUCUUCGAUUGAGCAUCACUUUCUUUAGCGGUAACAUCGCGGCGCUGGUAGUAGCUCUGACAAUUUCUCACAUCUCUCCCAGAUUAUUGAUGACUCUAGGAUGUAUGAUAUCGAUAGCUAGUCCGGUGAUCUUCGCCGUUCGUGGUCUCGAUUGGGAAUAUUGGAAAGGAGAUCUAUGGGCUCUGCUGGUCAUUGCCUAUGGGACGGAUGCAACUAUAGCUGCUGGAUCAACCAUCAUAUCUCAGACUGUUUCUCCUGAGGAUCAGAGUGUCGCAUCAGCUUUAUUCCAGACAAGUUGCAGAUUAGGCUUCGCCCUAGGCUUGGCUAUAUCAACUCUAGUUCAGACAAGCGUUGAGAAGUCAACUCUAUCUUCUCACGCCAAUCCGAUAGAAGAACAGAAGUUAUAUGGGCUGGUAGAUGGUUUAAGAGCUGCUCAGUGGUGCAAUGCAGGAUAUAUAGCGCUGGCUGCUGUCUUGGUCGAAGGCAUUGCUGCGAGAGAACAUCGAUUGAACUGA